GUAGUGUAUGACAACACUAGCACGAGAGGCGAGCUGGAUGAGCCGUGACUGUAGAAACGUCUACGGCGCUUGAAGAAACGUGUAAGCCACGUUUACCAACCCGUGAGGAAGGAGAGAAGGAAAUAACAUCAAUCUUCAGGAUGAGCAACAUUGACAUUACUGACGUGGUGGCUCACAUCAAACAAGAGUUUAUUAUACCUGUGGAGCCACGAGCAGACAAACAAGAAGCUGCUCUCACCACGUCUGAGAGAGACAGCUCUACAGAUGAACCCCUUAAAAAGAAGCAAAAACUCACAGGCACCAAUAAGAAACGCCCGAAGUUGAUAAAAGCACCAAAGAGCAGCAAGUUGUGUAGGGCUGUGUGGUGUUUACGUGCAGGCGAAGAAGUUAGUGGCAAGUGCACAUUUCCUAAAUGUGACUUCAUGCAUGAUGUUGCUGCAUUCUUGAGUUCUAAGCCACAAGACAUAGGAUCAGUGUGUCACAACUUCCAAAAGUAUGGCAUGUGCCAUUACGGUUUCACGUGCAGAUAUGGUGGGAAUCACAUUGAAGGUUUGGGUAAUAAAGUGAAUGAGGAACUCUGGGCCAAGUAUGAGAACAAUCCAACAGUCAGCAAUAUUUUGAAGAAAGAGAUUCAGUACGAGUUGCGAAAGCGGCAAUAUGAUUUCAACAGAGCAAAACAAGCAUACUGCAAAGCACAAUCAGAAGUUGCUAAGAACAGUACCAUGGAAAUAAAUACAAAUAGAGAGAAAAAUCAGAAAAGGACUUCAGCUAUUGAAAAGGGUGAGGGUAAAAUAGAUGACCAUGGUGGCAGUGAUGAGCAGAAUUCAUUUAAUGGUUCUCAUGAUCAUACUGAAAAUUCAGAAACAGACUCUUUAGCACCUGAAACAGAGCACAGAAACUGCUUAGGAAAUGCUGAAGAUAAAGCAGAAAGCAUGAAUGCAGAAGAGACAAUAACUGAGGCAGCUGAUGUGAAACCUGUGGCAGAUGUUAGUCAAAAACAAGAAACACAAAUAAAAGAUAAUAAUCUAGGACCAGCUCCUGAAGAAGAUCUAAUUAAACUUAAUUCGAGAGAAAAAAAGAAGAUUGAAUGGAGAGACAAGACAUAUCUGGCUCCUCUGACUACCUUGGGAAACCUGCCCUUCCGUCGCAUCUGCAAGCAGUAUGGAGUAGAUAUAACAUGUGGAGAAAUGGCACUUGCAUCUUGUCUUUUGCAAGGUCCUCCUAGUGAGUGGGCCCUCGUUAAGCGCCAUGAAUCAGAAGACUGUUUUGGCAUUCAGGUGUGUGGAAGCAAUGCAGAAUCCAUGGUUAAAUGUGCCCAGGUUUUAGAGGAAAAUACUGAUGCUGACUUCAUAGAUAUCAACAUGGGCUGCCCUAUUGAUCUUAUCUACAAACAGCUUCAUGGACGUUCCAAGGAGCAACGCUAUUUGAAAAUUGCUGAUUGGGAUUACAUCAAUGAGUGUGCUAUGGUGGCUGAUCCCAUGCCUUUAUUUGGCAAUGGGGAUGUACUCAGUUUUGAAGACUACAGUUAUCAUCGGCAACAUUCAAAAGUUGCUGGAAUCAUGAUAGGAAGAGGUGCACUCAUCAAACCCUGGAUAUUCAAGGAAAUUAAGGAACAGCGUCACUGGGACAUUUCUUCAAGUGAACGCUUUGACAUGCUUAAAAACUAUGUUAAUUAUGGUCUGGAACAUUGGGGCAGUGACACAGAGGGGAUUGAGAAGACCCGACGAUUUUUGUUGGAAUGGCUUUCAUUUUUACAUCGUUACAUCCCUGUGGGCCUCCUGGAGCAGACUCAAAAGAUAAAUCAACGCCCUCUAGCUUACUACGGCCGUAAUGAUCUGGAAACUAUGAUGGCAUCUCGUAGUGUUAGUGACUGGAUUAAGAUCAGUGAAAGGCUUCUGGGGCCAACUCCGUCCGACUUUGUAUUUCUACCAAAGCACAAAGCUAACUCCUACUGAAUUAUAUUGUUUUAUAAUUACUAAUUUGAUGUAAAUGUAUUAGUAAAUGUUGCAGUGCAAUAUGGACAACAUGUGGGUAAGAGCCAAGAUGGUUUUGUUAUGGAUAAAAUGUUAGUAAAAGAUAAGAUGUUAGUGCUUUGCUAUGAACUUCAUGUUGGUAAGAGUUAAAAGAUGGCAUUUAUUUUGUUCUAUUGUUUUAGGACAGUUUUUCUUUUAAAUAUAGUACUGUAUAUAAUUUUGAGAAAUAAGUACAGUGGUACCUUGAGUUUCAAACAGCUCCCAACUCGAACAGUUAUGUAAGCGUAUUUUUGUAAAGGGUUUUGGAAGUGUAUUUUUGGGGGUCUGAAACGGACUAAACUAAUUUACAUUAUUCCUUAUGGGAACAAAUUCGUUUGGUAAUGGCACUUGAACAGCCUUCUGGAACGAAUUAAGUUUGUAACUUGAGGUACCACUGUAGUUAUCAUUGUUGUUUAAAAGUUAUUAGUAGUCAGUUUUUUAUGCAUAGGCUUUUUAAUUUUUAAUUCAAAUUUUUAUUGUUGAAUUUUAUUUUUUAAUUUUAUUGGAUGCAAGAAUGCAAACAACAGUCAUUAUCGAAAUGUGUAGUAUCAGUACAGUAUUUUAAAAUGAGUACCUUUUGCAAAGCACAAGAAAAUGUUCAUUUGAAAGACAUCAGGAAUGA